UCCAAUCGGUGCUUUUGUUAUUGUUAGAAUACAGAACAGUGAUAAACAAAGUGAGCGAAAUUCAUGGCUGGAAUUGAAUGGGGUUAUGAACGAUCAUUAGUGAUAGGUUGCAAUGUCUACUCCUUGUCAAGGGACUAAACGUGGAAGAGUCACUAAUAAUAUGCAUAAAUUUUUCAAAACUAUUGAAGCAACAACUAGUAAUGUGCUGUUUUCGUCUCCAUCAUCUGUUAGAAAUCAUGAAGUUCCAGUUGUAAAUUAUGAACCUGAAGAAGUUGAGGGUACUCGAAGAACUGUUGAAGUUGAGGGUACUCGAAGAACUGAUUUUGAAGAAGUUGAGGGUACUCAAAGAACUGAUGGAGUUGAGGGUAUUCAAAGAACUGAUUUUGAAGAAGUUGAGGGUACUCGAAGAAUUAAUCUUGAAGAAUUGGAUACUCGAAUCGUACCUGAAGUUGCCGAUAGUGCGUAUGUUACUUCUUUAGAACGGGAUCCUGGAUUACGUAUACCGAUAAUGCAGCAUUCGGCUAACAAACAUGAUGAAGUUCGCCGAGCUUAUCUACAAAUGGGGCGUAUUAGAAUAAAACUUGCUAAGUAUCCAGGUACUCCAAUGGGAAUCCAAGACCGUCGAUUUUCUACGAAGUGGUUUGAUGAAUUUCAUUGGUUAGAAUAUUCUAAAGCUAAAGAUGUUGUGUUCUGUUUCUAUUGCUAUUUAUUUGAGAAAAAUCCACCAAGAAGACCAGAGUACACUUUUGAAGGAUUUAGAAAUUGGCAUAACGUUAAAAAUGGAGCUAAAUGUGCAUUUUUGGCACACAUGGGAAGUAGCAAUUCUGUACACUUCACAUCUGUAGAAGCAGGUGAGAAUUUAAAGAAUCCACAGCAACAUAUUUCCACUAUUAUCCGUACGCAGUCGAUAGAGAUUAUACGGAGAAACAGGUUAAGAUUCACAAUAUCGGUUCAAUGUGCCUUGUGGUUAGCUUUUCAGCAAUGUCCUUUUAGAGGACACGAUGAGUCGAAAAAUUCAAAGAACCGUGGUAAUUUUCUUGAGAUGGUUAGAUUUUCCGCCACACUCAAUGACAAGGUGAAAGAGGUUGUCCUAGAAAAUGCUCCCAAAAAUUCUACUUAUACGUCGCCUGCUAUUCAAAAAGAGAUUUUGAAUAUUGUUUCUAACGAAAUCAGAGACAAGAUUCGUGAAGAAAUUGGAGAUAGGAAAUAUUGCAUACUUGUGGAUGAAUCUAAAGAUGCUUCAGAUAAAGAGCAGAUGGUGCUAGUUUUGAGGUAUGUGGAUAGUGAUGGGUAUGUUCAAGAACGUUUUUUCGAUAUUCAACGUGUGAAAAACACUUGUGCCGUAACUCUCAAAAAAGGUAUAACUGAUAUUCUUAAUCGUUAUAAUCUUCCCAUUGAAAACAUGCGAGGACAAGGUUAUGAUGGUGCUAACAAUAUGCGAGGUCGAGUGAAUGGAUUAAAAGCUUUGUUUCUUAAAGAUUGUAAAUAUGCAUACUAUGUUCAUUGUUUUGCACAUAGGCUACAGUUAGCUCUUGUUCACACAGCUGAAAAAAACGGUAGACUUUGGGACUUCUUUUCAAUGUUAAAUAAUAUUGUUAAUCUUGUCAGUGCUUCUUCACUGCGUUUAGGAUCUUUCCAAGAUGCUCAAGAAGAUGAUAUUAACCAAAGGUUGGCUAAUGGUGAUCUUGAGACAGGUAGAGGGUAUAAUCAAAUAGGUCCGUUGCCACGAGCUACUGAUACUCGCUGGAGUUCUCAUUAUGGUUUUGUAUGCAGUUUGAUUGAUAAGUUUGAUGCAGCUUAUACAACUAUUGAAGAUAUUAGUACAGUGAUCCUAACGAGACAUGUGGGGUAGGUCAAGCACAAAGUACUU